UCAGGAAUGCAGGUAGAUAUCCUAUUUCCUGGACUUCAGGCAAAGAGAAAAACAAAAAUGGGAAAAACCCAGAGUGUCCUUGAGAACAAAGGUUACACUAUCCAGGAGGAGGAAGAGAAUGGUGUCAUUGCUAUUGACAAAGAAGGUGACAGGUUUGUUGUUAAAGAAAUCAAACUUGAGAAAUCAAAGACAUCAGAUUUUAACUCUGAUGCUCAAUAUCUACUCUCUGAGAUGAGCACUCUACUGCAAAUAAGUCACCCUCAUAUUGCAAACUACAGAAACUCUUUUCAAGAUGGUAAUAGUUACUAUGUAGUUAUGGACCAUUGUGAGGGUGGAGAUCUCUCACAGAAGAUAAGAGAGAGGAGGGAGACUAGGACCCCUUUCUCAGAAGAACAGAUCAUGGACUGGCUUGUUAAGAUCUGCAUGGCCAUUAAGUGUGUCCAUGAUAAGGGCCUUCUUCAUAGAGACCUGAGACCACAGAAUAUCUUCCUCACUCAAUUUGGGACACUUCGUUUGGGAAAUUUUGGAAGACUCACUGAAAUCAGUGGUAAAGGAUCUUCAAAGAAUGCAGCAUAUUUAGGUCCAGAAGCUCUAAAUAGUGAAAUCUAUAACACCAAAAGUGAUAUAUGGUCCCUGGGGUGUGUGCUGUAUGAGAUGUGCAUGCUUCAGUCUGCAUUCACUGCAGAGAACAGAAAGAAGCUCCCAGAGAGCUUCUCACAUGAGCUCCGUGAUCUGCUGUGUGACAUCUUCCAACAAGACCCAUCCAUUAGGCCUUCAGCUGGAGAAAUCCUGGCAAAACACUUCAUUAUUAGUUUCCUCACAAAAAAGAAUGCGACAACUGUGAAGGAACUCCAGACAAAUUUGGACAACCUGAGAGCGUUGGCAGACGGCUUGGAGCGUGUGCACCAGGGCACCACCAUAGGCAGUCUGACAGGAGGUGUUAUUGGGGCUGUUGGAGGAAUCACCUCCAUAGUGGGACUCAUCCUAGCUCCCUUCACUCUGGGCGCCUCCCUGAUCGUCACUGGGGUCGGUGUUGGGGUGGCUGUCGCUGGUGGAGCCACAGCCGGAGUAUCCAACAUAACCAACAUGGUCAAUCAGUCUACAGACCGAAAAGCCAUCAAGAGCAUCAUCAAGGAGUUCCAGGAGAAGAUGAACUCUGUGGUGGUUUCUCUAACAGACAUCGCUGAGGGUUUAGAGAUGCUAAGUGGGAGUGGCUCCUUUGACGCAGGAAGUGACAACUUGCUGCCAAGGGCUGGAGCACGAGUUGGGAGGGGCCUCGGGGCCAUUCCAGAGCUCAUCCGAUUGGUCCAAGUGGCCAACAUUGGUAGGGUUGCAGCCCAAGCUGCCAGGGCAGUGCGUGUGGCUGAAGUGGCAACAGGAGUAUUCAGUGGUUUUUUUGUAGCAUUGGAUCUCUACUUCAUCGCCGUGGAUGCCAAAGAGAUCCACAACAUCCGACAGGCAAAGGCGAACAGGCAGUCUCUUAACCCUGAAUGUGAAGAACUAGUUCCUGAACCCAAGCCUGAGGUCCAGUCAGAGACCAUGAAGUUCAUCCAGACUAUCAGACAGACAGCUGAUCAGCUACAGGAGAGCCUGAACGAACUGAGGGACGUCAUUUCAUUUAUUCCAAAGAUAGAUUAAGGGCUGUUCUUAACCAAAAUGAUUUAAUACGUUACUAUGAUGCUGCCGCGACCCGAUGGAUAUGUUUUAACGAUUCUGCUGAACUUCGGUUGGAGAGCUUAGGGGCUCGAUUUGCAAUCAUUAGGAG